GUGCGUAAAUGUUGCAGAACAAAGAUGGCUGUGAACUUUUAACUGCCGGGAGAGGAAGCCAGGCUGUGAUUCCCAGGACAACCUGCCGUCAGCAAGAGCCGAAGCAGCAGGAGGAGCAGGAGAUCAACGGCAGUCUGGAGGAGCUCGGCGAGCGGCUCAGAGUCAGGGCUAAGGAAAUAAAAACUGAAUGGAACCUUGCCCGUUUUUCUCCUUGUUGGAGCUCGAAAAGUCGGGCGUCAGAGUCAUGAACCUUUAGGGCUGAAGUCAAUAAUCAGGAAAAUGAUCGCUCUUAGACCAUAAAACUUCACUGAUGUCGUCGUCUUUUUUUUUUCUUCUUUUUUUCAAUCAUUGUCAUUGAAAAAGUGGCCAAUUCCAGGUCCCCUCAUCACCUAGACAACUAUUUUUUUCACAUCCAUUGUUGUGAUUCCUACUGAAUAUUUCCUGGCGUCUCAGCUCCUCUGCAAAAGUUGACUUUUUUUUUGUAACUUUAACUUUGGAGAAAGAUAAAAGUCUCCUCACUUUUUGCAUCUAAAUCCCUGCACUCAGACUCAUCCAUGGUAAAUUUGUUAAACAAAAGCCUUCAGUGACAGAGGCACGAGAAAAUGUUGACAUUAUCAAUGAAGUUAAGUGGUUUUUAGUUUAUGUUCAGCUUUGUGUGAAUUAUUUAUGAGCACAUCUGGCAGCAGCAGUGCCGUCUUUCCUCCUCCUGCUCCUCCUGCUCCUCCUCCUUUCCUCCUUUCCUCCUCCGCUUCCUUCUCCUCCUCACCUGUUGCGGAGCCUCUUAUAGUUUUGGGAACUUGCUCUAAUUGCUCUUUUCGGCCCAGAACUGAUCUCAGCUCAGCCGAGAGCUGCAGCGCUGCUGUGUAAUUUUAUCCACGCACACGGUCUCUGCGCUUCACACGGUGCUGAUACCUUUGCGCGCCCCCCACUUCCUCCACCUCCACCACCUCGCCCCCUCCCCGCCGCACCCCCCUGUCCCUUUGUAUCAAUUGGUCGGGGAGUUCAGGCUCUAUUGUCGCCGCGAGCUUCUUUCAUAUGUGCGCUCAGUCUGCGCUCAGUCUGCGCUCCAGUCACAUCCACAGGAGGGACCUCCAGCAGGAGCAGCAGGAGGAGCAGGCACAGGAGCACGGACAGCGGGGGCAGCAGCCGGCUGUGCUGUCACUCUCUCGGGCUCGCCGUGUGCGCAGUGCAGCCGGAGCUCUCCAGCGUUGGGGCGGGGGCCCCGAGUGAUUUUAAUGGGAUCCCGGGAGCCCGUUAGCAGGAGUUCUCCGUUUUUUCGCCACAGUCGUUGUUCCUCUCCGACCAUGCCACAAUGCUGGUGAGAGCUCUGCUGGUGUUGCUGAGCCUGCUGCUGGACCCCGUCAGCGCCCGCAGCCGCUGCGCCCGUGGCCAGCAGCCGUGCGACCCCCGGCAGCGCAGGGACGCCGGCGGCCGCGGGGGAGUGUACGAACACCUCGGAGGAGCUCCGCGACGCAGGAAGUUAUACUGCGCCACCAAAUAUCACUUACAGAUCCACCCGAACGGGAAGAUCGACGGGUCACUGGAGGAGAACAACCCGCUGAGCAUCAUGGAGAUCACCGCGGUGGACGUGGGCGUCGUGGCCAUCAAGGGCCUUUUCUCCGGCCGCUAUCUGGCCAUGAACGAUAAAGGAAGGCUGUACGCCUCGGAAGUGUUCACCAAAGAGUGCGAGUUCGUGGAGCGGAUCCACGAGCUGGGCUACAACACCUAUGCUUCACGCCACCACUCAACCGAGCAGCCGCUGCCCCCAGGAGGCAGCGGGGGAAACGGCAAGAGGAGAGCCAGUGUUAAACGCCAGUGGUACGUUUCUAUCAACGGCAAAGGGCGGCCGCGGCGGGGCUUUAAAACCAGAAGCACGGACAAAGCCUCACUUUUUCUGCCCCGUGUGUUGGGCAACAAGGACCACGAGAUGGUGAGGAGACUGAGGGACAGUCAGAGCUCACAGCAGCAUCACCCGCACACGCAUCAUCACCGACGCGAACGGCGAAGGCGCAGGCACCGCUCCCGAAAAGGUGCUGACCAAUGACAGGUCAGGACUGUGACCUGCAGGGAAACACUGUAGCUGGACCUCAAUGGAGGACGAGCGAGAACAGCCUGGAUGCUGCUUUCUGGAAUUUUCUUUUCUGUCCACGAUUGACGCACAUGGACGAGAAAUCUGUAAAGUUCAACCAGAGGAGAAACGGUCUCCGUCCACCUGAAGUGUUUGGACACAUUUGUAUUUGAAUUUUCCACGUUUCAGGAGAUUGACACACACACACACACACACACAGGAUAUGUAAUCUUCUAUUUACUGCUGACUUUGCUACUGUUUGUUGAUAUAUAGAUGAACAUUUCUAUCUUUGGUAAGAAAAAAAAGGACAUUUUAUUUUGUACCAGCGAUCAUUUCACUGUGGACGUCACUAAGGGCUCCUGUUGUUGUAUAUAUAGUAUGCAUGUACAGUACACUGUAGGUUUUUUAUUCAAGAGAAUAUGCUAUUUUGCGCCAGUGAAGUGCUAAAAAAACAAACCAACAAAAAACAAAACAUAAUGGAUAUUGGACUCAUUCAGCAAAGCACUUUUUUGUCAGAUUCAUGUGGGGGGGGUAGUUCAGGUUUCUUUGAUGGGGGUUGGGGUACAAGGUGCUGGUCAAUGGGCAGUAAUGUAAGACCAGGCAGUGGUCUGAGACUGAGACCAGGACACUGGCUGUCAGAGGAAAACAGGACAAAAAAACGUCAUCAAUCAAACCCAUGGCUAACUUGUAUUUGUCAGACACAGUACUCAGUACUUAAAGAAUACUUCAACAGUCCAGAGAGAAAAUCAAAGAUUUAAUAACAAAGAUCACCAGAUUUACCAAUCCUGUUCCAUCUAUGUCCAUGGUUCUGGUUCUAGUUCUGACUUUGGCCCAAACAUCACAAACCUUCCACGCGAAAUACAAGUGGUCCAGUAGCUGCUGUGGCUAAGUGGACACAAAUGUUGGUUUUCUCUGUGGAACAGCUCAGAGCGUCUGUGUUUAACAGAAACAAAGACGCGGCUUAUGUUUAACAGACCAUGAGUGCUAACAUAACGAAACACGGCACAUACACAUCAUUGUUGAGCCGGCAGUAUGAGUACACUCAUAUAUAGUCAAUAGAAAAGCUGUAUAUGUCCUGAUAAAGGAGAACUUGCUUUUUUGAAAGUGGACUCCUCCAUUUAUUACCUCCUCUGCAACGACUCUGCCCCCUCCUUCCACCCCGAACACAGACACCGUGGGGGUGCAGCUGGUAUGAUUAUGUAUUGUAAUCCUGACACCUUGUACAACCACACUUCAAAAAAAAAAAAACUGAACUAUGCCUUUAAAGAGCAAAGGGUUGGGGGAUCCAUGUGAGAAGGAAUCUGCUGAUGUGAUUGUCUACUGUCUGUAAACUGAAAAGAAGUACUUUGUAUAUUUUACUAAUGAUAUGAAUAUUUAUUUGAUGCCUCCUGUGUUGUAAGUUAUUGAGAAGACUACUCCUGCAUUUUUUGUUUCGUCUGUUUCCCAGUGUUGUCGUUUGUCGUAUAGUUUUUCAUCCGCCACCUGGCUCCAUCAUAAAUGCAUAAUUACUGACACAAGGAAACGCCAUCUCUGAAUGUCUUUCUUCCUGAGUUUCUCUCUUUAGUUCAGGUUUUUAAAGAAACAAUUACUGAUUUCAUCCACACAAAAAAAGAAGAGGAAAGAAAAAACACCAAAACUCAAUUCCACAAACCACCAACGUGAUAACAGAACUGAAUUAUUUAGGAACAAAUAUGACCUAGUAGAAUUUAGUAUUAGAAUGUGUCCCGGGGUCAGAAGAAGAAAAAAAAAGAUUUCUUAGAUUCACAAAACAGAAAGUAUUCAGUUUUCAUUCGAUUUAGACUUAAUUUAUUUACUUACUUUUGACCUACUCCCAAACAAUUGUCAAAGUCAGGACCUUUUCACUCUCUAUAUCACAUGUCAAACUCAAGGCUCGCAGGCCAAAUGUGGCCCACCAAGUCAUUUUCUGUGGCUCGCAGGAGCUAAAAUUAAAUUUUUAUUUGCCUUAAGUGCUGUUUCUUAACUUGAUAAAUGAAAAGGUUUUCUUUAUUAGUACACAGAACAAUGAAUAAACAAAUAAUCAAUUGCAGAAUUAUUUCUAUGAUUUAUUACUACAUUAUGAAGUAGUUACACAUGUAGGGGUACUGUACCACCCCCACUGCCCCGUCUUCCCGUAAUUCCCGUAAAUUAAUAUUUUCUGAAACAAUUUAUCGCAGUGUCUUUAAAGACUCCAGUCCACAGCCUUGUCAACCAACGAGCUAAAGUGUUAAACUGAUGUAAAAUACUGUUAAACUGCUAAAUCACCAUGGUGACCCAUUACUGACGAACAGGUCUAAAAGUGGUCCAUAAUCCUGGUCCAUAAUCCUGGUCCAUAAUCCUGGUUCAGAGAUCUUUAUGGUCAAAACCUAAUGAUGAUUUUUUUACCCUGUUUUCACCAUGAAGCUUGGUAUUUUAAAAUACAUCUUCUGUACAUGGUCCAAUAUCUCAAUGGUACCAAGACACCAGAGGUAAGUCCAGACAUGUUGGAGUACCGAUGUGUGAAUGUCGUGCUGCAGUUCUGGUGGAACGACACAGUUAAAGCUCAAGAAAAUCAAAUCUUCACAGUGACUCAAAUGUCGCCGUAGUCUAGACUGUGACGACGUCGUGGUGAAGCUCAGCGUUUUCCCCCAACAGCGCCUUCAACGAACCGGAUCCUUCAAAAAGUAUAAGGUACCUUGAAGAAGUUCCGAGUCUCAAAACUACAGUAACAAACACACACGCGUCCUCUCCGCAGUGGAGUUAACGUCCAAAGAUGACAUCGUCCUCGCUCGUGCAGUAUCACGUGUUAGAAAGCUGUAUUUGAUGGUCGCCGGCCGAGACCUGGGUUGAGUUCUGGUUCUGGUGGGUUCUUUAUAUUUGAAGUUGAAAGAUUUGUUUUUUUCUUGGUCUUUCAGCACCAAGCCUUUGAAAGCAGCAAACAAAAGCAUGUUUUGUUUUUUUAGCAUCACAUGUAAAAAAGUGGGAGCAGACAGAGCUUCUCCAUGUUUUCUUCAUUCUGCACAGAUGUGGCGUUUCCGCCCCUGACACAUCUGCUUCACAUGAUAAGCCCAGAUUUACAUGUAUAAUUUGACUGUGAAAACAGAUGGCGCAGAUGCCGUCAGGGCCGGGUCACGGGAGGAUUAUUUGCAACUUUUUAGUUCGGCGACACAGCGAGCGUCACACUAACUGUUCUCCGCUCUCUGUCAAUAUUCCCAGUGAGGAUUAGCAGAGAAUAGGCCGCUGUGCCAUAUUUCUUCAGAGUGGAGCGGUGGCAGGCAGGUGUGGGUGUCACACCAACUCCACUUAUCACAAGUCGUGCACUCACACGCACGCUUGUUUCUCUAAAGUUGUGAGGGCACAAUGCUAAUCCCAGCACGAUACCUUAACCAUAACUAUUAAAUCUCAGGAUUUAAGCAAAUUUGAAACUUUAGUGGUUAAUCCUAAUUUGGAUAAUCCUCGUCCUGUUGAAGUACUUCAAUUUAUAUUUUAACCUGAUGCUCAGGAAUGGUCUGUGUUAGUGUGACUUUUUUGAAGUUUAUAAAUGUUGGUAAAUGCUGGUGUCUGUACUUGGUCUGUAGCAAAAAAAAUAUAUUUAAUUUAUAAUAUUAUUUACAUUUACAUAUAUUUCGCAUUUCUUGUCAUUUUAAUCCUAUUUUUUUAAAUGACACAAUAGUCUUAGUAGUGUAAGUAUUAGACCUACGGGGGUAUUUAAAACAAACAAAAUUUCAUUAAUUAUUUACACACAUAUACACUUUCUUUUCUCUAUAUAAUUGUGAAGACAAUAAUUGGCCACCUCAUAAUGCUGUAUUCAGUUAUACAGCUGAGAAUACAGAUUAUCCUUCCUUGAACCUGAAACCGUACUUUAACCUCAAAAAUCCAAGAACGUUCUAAACGUCCUUAAAAGGUCAACAUGACUUCACAGUGAAAAUGUUGAGCCACACCAAAAAAACAACUCCACAUUCUAAUCCAGAUCUCUUAUCCUUAAUCUUAAUCUUAAUUUAACCUGAGGUCUAACGAGGGCCGACGUCUGAGGACCAGGUCCUCAGAUGUUCAAAAACCAGCCCAUGUCCCCACAACCCAACAAAAACAUGUACACACACACUCUCACCCACACUCUCCCCAUUGUCUUUCUCCCCUUUCAUUUGUUGUCAAGUGCACACCUGUCGCAGCACAAAUGUAAAAAACGACAAGUGUCAAUGCAAAAUUCAUCAGGAGUCGCGUUGGAACCUGCUGGAUGUUCAGGUUUGGCCUCGCCUCGCUCCUGUCUAUAGGUAGCUGCAUAUAAAGCCCUGUCAUUCUAUACCUGCGGGUUUGGGGAGGCUUCCUGGGCCGGACAAUAGCUCCUCCCAAGGGGGGCCUGGGAAGCGAUGCCGCCUGAGACUUUUGGGCUUUUUUUUGAAAUGCCGACCAAAAGCAGCAAAGUCAAUAAACAAGGCAGGCCCUCUUGAAAGCAGAAACUGUGUCAUACAAAAUGUAACACCUUGUUAUGAAUGCCUAACUCUUAGAUUACUCAACAGGAAUGCUGGGCCUUAGAGGGGCGAGGGCCUUCAUGUGGGCCCUGCCCCCCCCCCCCCCCCAUCUGUUUUAAUUCAACCACAUUUAUUUUACUAUCAUCAACCUCCAUCCUUUCAUGUCCACGGAAGGAUUUGGUCGACAGUUAGCAUUCAGAAAGAAAUGGAUGUAGCAAAGAGCGGACCGACAGGACGACAGAACGACAAACACAGGAGUCGGUUGAAAGUUAGAA